AUGGCGUCUGCACAGCAGGUUCUGCUCUCCCCGGCAGAGCUCGCCUACCUCCACUCAACCCUCUCCCUCACGCCACCCAUCCGCCCAGACGGCCGCAAAGCAAAUCAGUUCCGCCCCCUGACCGCAGAGACGGGCAUCCUCCCCGGCACCAACGGCAGCGCGCGCAUCUGCUUCUCCGACGGCACGGAGGCCAUCGUAGGCGUCAAGGCAGAGAUCGAGAAGACGAGCAGCCCGUUUGGUGCAGACGUAGACAGCGAGGAGGCUCCGGAGCCGAGGAAAGACGCGGGCAAGAAGGAGGAGGUCAAGGGCAACAAUGACUGGCUCGAGAUAACGGUUGAGAUACCGGCCUCCAGGGAGGACGACGCCGCGACCGUGUUCCUCGCCAACAUGCUCAGCGAAGCGCUGCUCGCCGACGGGGAAUUUACCAAGAAGCUGCGGAUUAACAGCCGGUUCCACUGGAAGCUCUACCUAGAUAUCCUCCUCAUCUCCCCGCCUCUAUCCUACCCGCUUCCCCUCCUCUCACUCACAACCCACCUCGCACUCCUCGCGACCCGCCUCCCGCGCCUCAAGUCAGAGGGCGACGAAGACCCUAUGUUCGACGACGACUGGGAGGCCUCGACAUUCCUUUACCCGCGCGACGGCAGCGCGCCCGCUACGGGCGGCUCGCGCCCACCCAUAACACUUCUCGUCAUCGCCGUUGGCGGCAACGUCAUCUUCGACCCAGCGCGCGAGGAGCUCGCCGUCGCAGAGUCGGCGCUGGCGGUCUCGGUCGCCGAGGAGAAGACGGCCGCCUCCGCUGGUGGUAUGGAUGUGGACGGUCGCCAGCUGAAGCUGCUCUCCGUGCGCACGGUCGACCCGCCUUCGCGAUUGACGGCGCCCGGCGUGCCCAACUCUGUGAAUCCGGCCACCGGUCUUGCUGCUGGUACGCCGUCAAAGGCACCGACGGCGCCAGCGGCUGCGCAGGGGCAGGCGGCGGAGGGGGUUUGGAAGCCACCUAUAGGAGGUACUAAGGUGCACGUGAUUGAGGGGAUGAUCUCCAAGGUCCUGGAGAAGGGAGGCGUCGCGGACGAGGUGCUGGAGGCGAUUGCCGCGGUGGAGCUGGCCUAA